UUGGAGGUAUGAGUAAUUGACAAUGUAAUUUGGUUUUUUAAAGUUAAGUUUUUAACUGAGCAGAAUGCAGGACAGCCACAAAUCAUUUCUGAUCAAAGAUUUGUUGGGAGAUGUUCUUCGGCCGGUGGCGGAUGGCGUCACAGAAGACCAGGACACCAGCCAAGCCUCCGACAACGACGAUGACAUCUCCGUUGGCGACAACCGCAGCGACGCGUCGUCCAAGUACGACAAGGACAAGACCGAAACGGCGAGGUCCACGCCCGUCGACUUUAAUCGGCCGGAGUAUUUCAAAGAGGAGUUUGAGAGGAACGAGAGUUUGAAGUUGUAUAACGGUGAUCUGUUUCAUAUGUACAGGCCUGAGCAAGGAAAGGAGGACGAAAGCUUCGUGAUCUCCGACGGCAUCUAUGGCAGAUCCAUGGACUUGUCGAAGAGCUCCUUCCAAAGUCAACUGUUGGCCGGAUUUGCGUCCGUCAUGGCCGGCGGUUCCCAGAGGGAAACCCAGGAGUCGGCAGAUCGCCAGCCCCGCGCCAGCUCCUCCCGCAAGCCCCGCCGCCGCCGCACCGCGUUCACCCACGCCCAGCUCGCCUACCUCGAGCGCAAGUUCCGCUGUCAGAAGUACCUGAGCGUCGCCGACCGCGGCGACGUCGCUGACGCCCUCAGCUUGAGUGAGACGCAGGUCAAAACAUGGUACCAGAACAGACGAACAAAAUGGAAGCGCCAGAACCAGCUCCGCCUGGAGCAACUCCGCGCGCAGGCGGCCGGCGGGGGUGAGCGGGACGUGCGCUCGUUGCCUCUCGCUUGCGCGCUACUCCCGUCCUACCCCGCCUACAUGCACUGCCAUAUGUAAGCUGUGGACUUCUGUUAGCCUGGUAAGCUUGACUGCAAAUGUGAAGGGGGUUAAGAAGAACAGGGGACAAAAGGGCAUAUGGAAAGCUAUUGUUUCUUGCCACGAGAAAAAUAAAAUCAGAACAAACUACUGAUAUGUGCGUUAUAAGUAGUUUGAAAUCGCUACCUGCUAUGAAAAAUGUUUGAACACAAAGGGAACUUACUAAAAUACAAUUGUAUGUAGCUUCUAGAUAAAUCGUUAGAGGCAUCAAGAUUGAAAAAAAAACAACGGGUUGCACUCCGGGAGUGCCGACAGAAGUGAAAACUCAAUGACUAGUCCAAAAUGUCUGCAGCACUAUGUAUAAUUGACCCAUCCUCCUUUCUAUUGAAAAACUUUAGUUCCGAAAUUGCUCGUCAGUGAUCUUGUUUAAAAUUCGAAAUUCAAAUUUGUAGCGUUAAUUGUUUAAAACUCGAAUAGAAAUUGUAAAGUUACCUAGCAGACCUCGCAUCUAAAUAUAUUUGGUCAUGAUAUUUUGAGUUUUAUUCACCAGUACUAGAGUUC